AUCCCCAUCCUAGCGGGUCCCAGCUUCCAUACAUGGUCACGCCCGGACUUCCAGCUCCCGGACGUCCCCCCCGUCCCCCGCCCCCACCGGACACGGCCCCCGCCCUGCUCGCCCCGCGCCCCGCCAUGGAGGACCUGGAUGCCCUGCUCUCUGACCUGGAGACCACCACCUCACACAUGCCAAGGUCAGGGGCUCCAAAAGAGCACCCCCCAGAGCCACUCACACCUUCCCCACCCUAUGGCCAUCAGCCACAGACAGGGUCUGGGGAGUCUCCAGGAGCUUCCGGGGACAAGGACCAUCUGUACAGUACCGUAUGCAAGCCUCGGUCCCCAAAACCUGCAGCCCCUGCGGCGCCUCCAUUCUCUUCUUCCAGUGGUGUCUUGGGUACUGGGCUCUGUGAGCUAGACCGGUUGCUUCAGGAACUUAAUGCCACCCAGUUCAACAUAACAGAUGAAAUCAUGUCUCAGUUCCCAUCUAGCAAGGUGGCUUCAGGAGAGCAGAAGGAGGAGCAAUCUGAAGAUAAGAAAAGACCCAGCCUCCCUUCCAGCCCAUCUCCUGUCCUCCCAAAGGCUUCGGCCACCUCAGCCACUCUGGAGCUGGACAGACUGAUGGCCUCACUCUCUGACUUCCGCGUCCAGAACCACCUUCCAGCCUCUGGAUCAACCCAGCCACCAGUGGCAAGCUCAAUGAAUGAGGACUCCCCAUCCCCACCAGAGCCAACUAGCAAGGGCAGCCUAGACACCAUGCUGGGGCUGCUGCAGUCCGACCUCAGCCGCCGUGGUGUUCCCACUCAGGCCAAGGGUCUCUGUGGCUCCUGCAAUAAACCUAUUGCUGGGCAAGUGGUGACAGCUCUAGGUCGCGCCUGGCACCCUGAGCACUUCGUUUGUGGUGGCUGUUCAACGGCCUUGGGAGGCAGCAGCUUCUUUGAGAAGGAUGGAGCCCCCUUCUGCCCCGAAUGCUACUUUGAGCGCUUUUCACCAAGAUGUGGCUUCUGCAACCAACCCAUCCGACACAAGAUGGUUACCGCUUUGGGCACUCACUGGCAUCCAGAGCAUUUCUGCUGCGUCAGUUGCGGGGAGCCUUUCGGAGAAGAGGGUUUCCACGAACGCGACGGCCGCCCCUACUGCCGCCGAGACUUCCUGCAGCUGUUCGCCCCGCGCUGCCAGGGCUGCCAGGGCCCCAUUCUGGAUAACUACAUCUCGGCGCUCAGCGCUCUCUGGCACCCAGAUUGCUUCGUGUGCAGGGAAUGCUUUGCACCCUUCUCUGGAGGCAGCUUUUUCGAGCACGAGGGCCGCCCGCUAUGCGAGAACCAUUUCCACGCGCGGCGCGGUUCUCUGUGCGCUACGUGUGGUCUCCCAGUGACCGGCCGCUGCGUGUCGGCCCUGGGCCGCCGCUUCCACCCAGAUCACUUCACCUGCACCUUCUGCCUGCGCCCGCUCACCAAGGGCUCCUUCCAGGAGCGCGCCGGCAAGCCUUACUGCCAGCCGUGCUUCUUUAAGCUCUUCGGCUGAGCGCCGUCCCCAUCGCCCUUCCGGGAGGCCGGUUCCCCAAACACUUUGCCUUUCGGGAAAAGGCCGCGUCCUCCAGACCCCGCGGUCUUGCUCUUGGAGGUUGGGGCUACCCCCAACCCCGUUUGGUGAGGCCCCAUUCACUGGAGAGACCCACCUCUAAGGUACAAUUUGUUCUCAGGGGUCAAGUUCAGAAAAGGCCCAAACAAUUCUAAACCCACACACCCCAAAAGCGGAUCGUACACUGAAUCAAGAGAUCCCGCAUAAAUCCUUCACUCUAGUCCCGCCCUUGAGGGAGCCCCCUGAGUGGAAUAGGGUCCUUGCAAUUCUGACUAAGCAGAGGUCAGGCAAGGACAUCCCUGCUCCCUGCCCCCUCACUGUUUGGUGCACUUUUUUCUAUCUACAUAAACACACAUUCCACAUCUCACUGGUGGUGUCUCUUGUCUUCUGACGUCCCGCCCCUUGUGCUGACUCUGUCCUUGGAAGUCUGUAGGCCACCAGUGGUCCCUGUCGAUGGAGUCCUGUCCAUGGAGCCUUGUCGCUGGAGUGGGACUUACAGACUCAGCCAUCGCAAGUGGUCUCUCCUGUACUUCAAGUAUCAGAUGAAUCCGAGACUGGAAAGGGCAGUGACCUGUGCCGGAUUGUGCAGAUAGAAGCACAGCCAUGACAAGGGCUCAAACUGGGACUCCAUGGAACCUUCUGGCUCCCAUUAUUCCCUUCCUCCUCAGCUCCUUAUAUUCUUAAAAUAAGUGCCCUCAUCUCCUGCC